AUGUCUGAUUUUGAUCUGAUGAAUGAGAGUGUGCAGUGUACAGAGCCUGAGAUAGACUAUAUCACUUCACGGAUGAAACUGAGGGAUGAGAUGUUUGUCUUUAUUGAUGGUAAGUGGGUAAAUGAGAUCUACUGCCAGUCACCCUUUGCUUCCCACCAAAAACUUCUAGCACAGAAUGAGUGGAGCAUCUGGGAGGAGAACAGAGUGCUCUGGGAGAAAAAUCAAGUCCUCCGGAUUGAAAACAGGAUGCUCUGGGAAGAAAACAAGGGUCUACAACAUCUCCAGCCACAGAACAAAGCUGUCCAGGUUAUUUACACUGAUGUAGUUCAGCGAAGCCUCCAGAAGGAAAAGAAGCUGUUCUCAUUCUUCCAAGAGAGGAACAUCGGCUUUCAGGUCAGCCCAGGCAGCAAAGCUCUCCAGGCAGUCCAGGAAAAGAAUAGAGUCUUAGGGGAUUUCCAGCAGGAGAAUAAAACUGUGCCCAUCAUCUGGAAAGACUAAAAAGCCAUCACAGUCCAUGAAGAGAGCAAAGACGCCAGGUCAGAUAUUCAGAAGGAUGCUGAUGCCAUCACAGCUGUAGAAGAAGGUAAUUCUGGCCCAGCUCCCCAGCAGGAACAUGAAGCUAAAAAGAAGAGCACUACUACAACCCAUAGUAAGGUCGAGUCUGCCCCAAGCUUGCAGGGGGAGUAUGAAAUCCUCAGGCCUCUCCAGGACUUAUAUGAACUCCUCCACAUCUUCCUGAACGUGAACCAUCUCCUUGGGGAGAAACAGGGCUGUCACAUUCUCUAAAAUGUGAACAGACCUUUCCAAGAAGAUUACAAUAAAUUGAAGCUGCAGCUGAAUGCUGUGAAAAACACCAUGUCAGACAUUACAGCUCAAAUGGAAAAGUUGGAGAAGAAGUUCAUCACCAUCACUUCCCCAGUGUAUGAAGAAGCAGGGCAGAAACUGGCAACUGAGCAUCAGCUUGGAGAGAUGUGA